CCCAAACACAACACACCUCUGGCUUCAGAUGCUUCAUACUGAAUAUUAUAGAGAUAUGAACAUGAGAAAGAAUCGCAUUUGCUGUAACUGGCUUGAUAGUAAUGGAAAAGUAACGUGUUAUGGACAUGUACCAUUUGUAUUACCGUGGAAUUCGUUUAAUUAUUUUGGAGUGUCAUUUAAAUACCAUGGUACAGGAAUUUGUUAAUCAACUAAUACCAUGGAAUAUAUGAAAACACAUUUUCUGAAACCAUCACACUACCGAGGCGAGUAUGGUGCAUUCAUUGAUUGAGGCGUAUGGCUUAUUAAAAUACAUGAGGGUGGUGAAGCCACAUUUGGCUUCAAUAGAGGAGAUGGCCGUGUUUCACACAGACUCUUACCUACAACACCUGCACAAGAUCAGCCAGGACGGGGACAAUGAUGAUCCUCAGUCUGUUGACUUUGGACUGGGUUAUGACUGUCCGGUGGUGGAGGGCAUUUUUGAUUACGCCGCUGCCGUUGGAGGAGCCACUCUGACUGCUGCCCAGAAUCUGCUGGAUGGAAAGUGUGAUGUGGCCAUCAACUGGGCCGGAGGGUGGCAUCAUGCCAAGAAGGACGAGGCAUCUGGGUUCUGUUAUGUGAAUGACGCUGUUCUUGGAAUCCUCAAACUGCGCGAGAAGUAUGAGAGAGUUCUCUAUGUGGAUGUGGACCUUCACCAUGGAGAUGGUGUGGAGGACGCUUUCAGCUUCACCUCUAAAGUCAUGACAGUGUCUCUGCACAAGUUCUCCCCUGGCUUCUUCCCAGGCACAGGUGAUGUGGCUGACACUGGGCUGGGUAAAGGACGCUGGUAUGCUGUUAACGUCCCCCUCGAGGAUGGCAUCCGUGAUGAUCGCUACUGCCAGACCUUCAAUAGUGUGAUGCAGGAAGUCAAAGCUCUGUUUAACCCUGAAGCAGUUGUGAUGCAACUUGGAGCGGACACCAUGGCGGGUGACCCCAUGUGCUCCUUCAAUAUGACUCCCAUUGGAGUUGGAAAAUGUCUGAACUAUGUACUGGACUGGGAGUUACCCACUCUGCUUCUAGGAGGAGGCGGCUAUAACCUUGCCAAUACUGCCCGCUGCUGGACCUAUCUGACGGGGACAGUCCUAGGACAGACUCUGUCUUCUGAGAUCCCGGACCACGAGGAGCAGGGAGGGGGUGUGCGUGUGCACACCAGUGAAGGGGUCUUAACAAUACUACUCUGUCCCUACCGGUUGACUGAGAAGGACUUGUGCUUUUCUUUCCUCAACUGUUUAUGCCCCUCUCUCCUCUUUCUCUUUCCUUAGAGAAAGAGAAUGUGUGUACCCAAUUCUGAGUGAGCCCUUUUAAGAGCUUUUUCAUGCUUUUUUUUUGAGAAGCUUCUGAGGAGAGAUGAAGGGCUGGAAAGGCCUUCUGGUUGGUCUGGGAGAGUUUGAUAUCUCUCUUUUCUUCCAACUCACAAAGAAGGUCUUUUAAUGUUUAUAGAGAGCGCUUUCAUGGUCACUGCAAUAAAAGAUGCCUUUGUUUCAGCUGACAUGACCCUCUGUGUCAUGUUGACCUUUGACCUCUCCACAAGGCAAGCAACCAAAAUAAAGCAGUGUAGAUAACCGCCAGGGUGUUCGUUAAUGACAGUGAUGGUUGUGAUGAUUAAUACAGUUGAGCUUUCUGGAAUACGUCAAGACAUGUUAAUCAGGGAGUUUCUUUUUCUGUUGGAUGACUUACAAAAUAUUGUACUGGCUUGUUUAAAAAACAAAACACACAUAGCACUACAAGUUACAAUAUUAUUAUGUAAUGAUGUGAAACUGUAAUUGGCUCUAGAAGUCAAUAACCCCUGUUGGGAGUAACUGGGAGAAUCAUUGUCCAUUGAGAGCCAUUCAAAAUUGCAUAUGUACAUUUUACAGUUUGUUAUAUUGGAUGUUUUACUAGGGCCAGUUUUUUUAAAUGUAUGAAAUGGACUUCACUUAUACACUAUACCAUUCAAAAUGUUUUUGAAAGAAGUCACAU